AUGAGUACACACAUGCACUGCCGGCCCUUCUGCGGCACUUAUACUUCAACUUCUUCGUCUUCAUCUCUGUUUGCUCGUCUCGGUUCUAGUACAACUUCAAAUAAUCAAACUUACACUUCUUCAACUUAUCAUCAAUAUGAUCAAACAUUACAUACAUCAGCUAUAGUAAGACGUCAUCGCCGAUUAGAGGAUCCAAUAACGACAUAUGCUUCAAACUAUUAUGCUACGUUUCCUCGUCAGAUGUCCAAAUCAUCAUCACGACAAUUGACAUUACUUUCAUCACAACCUUCUUCAUUAUCGUUAUCACGUCAAAAAUAUAAACAAUCAAAUCAUAAGAAUAUUUAUUGUGAUCUUUUUAAUUUACUCGAACGUCCUUCUCCACCAACAUCUUCACUAAUUAAACAAAGAAAAAAAUACAAAUCUAAUGAUUACAGUCCGUCUCGUCAUCAUUAUCCCAAAAAUAUGGAAAAUUGCCAUACAAAAGUGAAAUGUACUAAUGAUAAAAAACAUCAUAAUCACACAUAUACUUAUUAUAAAGAAAAAAAAUGUCAAGACGAUAAAUUAUCAAACAUAGAACAAUAUGAGCAAUCUCCAGAAAAGACAAAAAAUAUUAAUAAUAUUUAUCAACGACGUUCAUCAAACAGAGGAUUCUUUCGACGAUUGCUAUGCAAUUAUUUUUGUCUAACUUCAACAGUUGCUACUAAUGAGUAUUUAAGCUAG